AACUUGACAUGCGAACGUCAUCAACUCUCAGAACUUUGUUUUCAAGAGAACUGGAAAGACUCUCUAGAAUUGAAUACAGUACUUUAUUUCGAAUGAAGAGCUAUGAAGUUUUAAAAACUUUCUGGACGUCAAGGCGCUAUUCAUGUGAGUUUCUGAAUGAUGAUAAUCUUCCGGUUCCUCUGUUUGCAGUCGAAUUUUCGAAAACAGUGGGUGGAGGUCAGAUAAUAGCAACAUGUGAUGAAGAUGGCUAUGUGACCUUGAUCGAUACUUCAAAAAGUUCUUCCUUUGGAACUCAUGACAAUGGUUGGUGCAGUGCGGAUUUUCGAGAAAACAUUGCAGAAAAUAGGCAAAAACUUGGGAACACUCAAAACAAGUUCUGUACUUCCGAUAGACCCAUAGUUUCAUUUCGAGUGCAUGAAAAUGCAAUUUUCUCUCUAUGCUGGUUAGGACUUCAAGACCAGUGGAUUGCAACAGGUUCUGGAGACCAGAAAGUGAAGAUAUUCGAUAUAAACAAAAAUGUAAUCAUGAAUACACUCAUUGGCCACUCAGGCUCGAUAAAGUCAAUUAAAGAAAGGCACAUGACAGAUGGCAAAGUUCUAGCCAGUGCAUCUCGAGACGGUAAUGUCAUGCUUUGGGAUACCAGAUGUCAAGGACUGCAUAGUCAAGAAACAGGUGACUCGGUUCUACGUCCUGUCCUAAUACUAAAAGAUAUCCAUCGAAGAGACAUGAAUAUUCCUGACAAGCGAGAGUAUGCGCCCAAAAGACCUCGAUAUUCUAUCCGCCAUAGGAAAAAUUCAAUGAAGCCAAAUAUCCCUCAUGGCGUUACUAGUUUAGAAUUUGCACCUUUCAACGACUCAUUCUAUUUGUAUACUUCGGGGGCCGUAGAUGGUGCUAUAAAACUUUGGGAUUUAAGAAGAGCCAGCCUCAAACAAGUUACUGCAGAACCCUUGAGCACGAUUUAUCCUGGUUGUCAAGAGGGUUUAACUGAUCGACCACACGGAAUUUCAUCGUUGCAUAUUACUGAAGAUGGUAGCAAUUUAUGCGUCAGUUCAACGGACUCCAACAUAUACUUAUAUAAAACUGGGCUUCUUGAUAGAGGAUCUUUCAUGCACUUAUGUGGACACACAUCUUCUUCGUUCUACAUAAAGGCAUGUUUCAGCCCUGACGGUCACUUUGUACUAAGUGGUUCUGCUGAUUCUUUUGCGUACGUUUGGGACAUAAAGCAGUCUAGUUCGAAGUCCAUAAAAGCAAAUCUUCCAUUGCUGAGACUCCCAGCCCACAUUAACGAAGUUACAGAUGUUGCUUGGUGUAAGACGGAUACAACAAAGCUGGCAACUGUAGGUGAUGACAGUCAAAUGAAACUUUGGCAGACAAGAAAGCAACAAGCAGGAAACGAGAGUGUAUAUGAAACUCAAUAUGCACAGGCUGAAUCGACUCCAAUAGAGAAAGAGCACUCAAUGCCUUUCAAGAUAAACAGACAAGUCAACAGACAAUCACCAACAGUAAGGCUAGACAAUCCAAAUACUCUCUUGACAUAUUUCGAAAAGCCAAUAACUAGAUUUUGUGCUGCGUCACAUUAAACGAUCAAUUUGCGAAAAGGG